CUACAAAUGUCCAUGUUUCACUUGGAUUUAACUUAUUGUGACAUAAACACAGAAACCUAAUUGAAAAAAAAUGUUUAUCGAUAGAAAUUUGACCAAAACUUUGGUUAUAAACAUUUGGUUGAUAAGCUUUGUUUGUGCAACUCCAGUGUUAGAUCAAAAGGUCACCGAAGAAACGAUUCAGGAUGUAAAACCAGAAUUUUCCAAUGAAGAAUCACUACGACCGAAUCCAUUAAAUGAAUUUACGAAAAUUCUAUUCAAUCAUAAAACUGAAGAGAACCAACCGGAUAUUUCCGAAUCUGAACCUGAAUAUCGUCCCUCAUUUCGACCAAUGUUUGGAAUGCCAUUCAUGAAACCUAUGAGUGGUUGUUGUGGAGGCCUAAAUAGACGUCUUCCAAUGGUAGUUGAACGUGUUUUAAUCGUCAAACCUGUACCGAUUCCAAUCUUACUAAAUUUAUUGAUUCGUAAAGAAGGUAUUGAGCAAAGUGAAAGUAAAUUACCAAUUGCACCGGAAGCACAAUCGGAACCUGAUUAUUCAACAUCAGAUAUUCCAUUGGUCAAACAAGGAGCACCAGAACCGGAUUCAUCAGCACAACCACAGCCAAUUGAUGAACCGAUCAUUGAGGAUAAUUCAAUUGAUCAACAAAAAGAUCAGCCAAAUGCAUCUGUGGACCAAACUCAAGAAGAGACCAAAGUAGAUGAUCAAAAACAAGAACCAAAAAGUUCUGAAGUUGCAUACUCGGAUAAUGAUAGCUAUGAUGUUCAGAAAGGCUCGGAAGCUGUAGUUGCUGAAGAAACGAAAGUCGAUGAAUCAUCACCAUCCAUUGACAAAAAUGAAGAACAAAGUGAAAAUAAAGCCUAUAAUGAAGAGAACAAAACCAAUGAUAACGAUGAUGAUACAGCUAAAUAUGAGGACAAUGAAAAUUAUGAUAUAAAUGGCGAUGAAAACACUAUUAAUGAAUCACCAUCGUAUUAGGGAAAAAUGUAAUGAAAAAACAAUGGAUCGAGAAAAAAUGUUCAAUAUUUAAUUAAGAAAGACAUUCGAUUUUUCUAUCGAUUGUGUCAUUUCAAUCUAUGUUAAGUGAACCAGAAUAGAUAAUUUGAUUUUCGAGAGCGACAACUAAAUAAUAAAAGCAUUUGCAAAGAA